CAAGCGAAUCACUUUGAAAAUGCGGUUGAUUUGUCUGCUUCUCUUGGCAGUUGUUGCUCUGAAGUCCAGCGAGGCCUCUAAGGUGUCCUGCAAGGAUGAAGAUGACAACGAUGUGGACUGGUGGCACAUGUACCUGUUACAGAGGACCAGUGACGAGGAGCCGGUACAACGAUACUUAUAUGUGACCAGCAAGGACUAUGAGGAAUGGAAGCUGUCCGAAUACUUAAUGGGUCAAUCCAACUCAUUGCCGGCGCAGACCUUGAAUCCGCUCUACGGAAAUGAUGACAUUCUAUUAGCGGCUUACAACGAUGUCUUUCCCAAUGGCACCACAUUCGAAGUGGGCGGGGCUGCGAAGGGCGUGAUAGCUUCUGAUGGUGACACGGGCAUGUGGCUGGUGCACUCGAUACCCGAGUAUCCAGUGAUGUUUGACCAUUCACAUCUCAUUUCAAACAAUUCACAAGCACACAAUCUGCUCUGCCUCACACUCGAUGGUGAGGGCGUUAAGAAAGUGGGUGAUCUGCUCGUCCUUUAUGAGCCACACUUUUACUACAAUCGCAACCCUUUAGGGUUGUACAGAUUCCCCAAUCUGCAACGUGCAAUGUAUCAAAUAUGGCUCACAGAUGGAGUCAAUGAGAGGGAUGUGGAACUACGUACAUUGGACGGCGAGAAGCUCAGGUUUUUUGGCAGGAAUGGUAAAUCCAAUAAAGAGCUUUAUGCCGACAUUAUAGGUCCCGCUUUGGACGUGACCCUCUGGGUGAGAACCAAUCGUAUCACUGGAGAAGAUAACAAUAUGCCCAACAUUUGCAACAAUUCUAAUAAGCUCUUUAACCUCGUUGAUGUUGCCUGCCCAGCGAGGCUCAUACAUAAGAUUAUUACAAGUGGGGAGGAUCACUCCAAAUGGGCGGUCUCCCAGGAAACUGGCUUCAAGUUGUUCGGCUGGCGGAUCGGGGGAAGCGAUUGGAUCUGCAUCGGCGACCUCAAUCGUUGGCACACCCAUCAAAAUCGAGGUGGUGGCGCCAUUUGUCACAAGAAUUCUCGCGUGGCUCAGCACUAUCGUAAAAUGGUGCACAGCUUUGACAAUUGCAUCGAGUAAUUGUGUCGUAGAGACUAAAUGCACCGUGUAAAUUAAGCGAUUGUCUGUGUGACAUCAAUUGAGCGUCACUAUUGACGUUAACACGUAAACAAUGUCAACAAUGGACAAACUAAUAUCUUUUCGCAUA